AUGGUAUGUACUCCUUGCUCUCUUUGCCAAAAUAGCACUUGCUCGGAUGUUUACGAACUCAUGCCUCACGGAACGCUUCACGACCACCUUCACGGCGGUCUUUCUCGUCUGAGCUGGAACCUUAGGCUGAAGAUUAUGAUGCAGGCUGCAAAGGGGCUCGAGUACCUUCACAAGGAAGUUUUUCCUCCUAUUACGCACCGUGAUGUGAAGAGUUCGAACAUUCUCUUGGACGCUGAUUGGGGAGCUCGUAUUGCAGAUUUUGGAUUGCUUACACCUAAUGGGAAGGAUCUUAACGGAGAUGUGACAACUGAUGUCUAUAACUUUGGGAUCGUGCUUCUAGAGAUUCUUAGUGGAAGAAAAGCUUAUGACCAGGAUUGCACACAUCCAAGUAUUAUUAUCUGUUAA